UUGCUCGCGAUGGCUUGUGGCUCCUUCCUCCGCUGCUUCUCUCUUUCGCUCAGGCCCGUGGCGCUGGCAGGAUGGGCAAGUGUCGUGGUCUUCGUACUGCCAGGAAGCUCCGUAGCCACCGACGAGACCAGAAGUGGCAUGAUAAACAGUACAAGAAAGCCCAUUUGGGCACAGCCCUGAAGGCCAACCCUUUUGGAGGUGCUUCUCAUGCCAAGGGAAUUGUGCUUGAAAAAGUAGGGGUUGAAGCCAAACAGCCAAAUUCUGCCAUCAGGAAGUGUGUCAGGGUUCAGCUAAUCAAGAAUGGCAAAAAAAUCACCGCCUUUGUACCCAAUGAUGGUUGUUUGAAUUUUAUUGAGGAAAAUGAUGAAGUUCUGGUUGCUGGAUUUGGUCGCAAAGGUCAUGCUGUUGGUGACAUUCCUGGAGUCCGCUUUAAGGUUGUCAAAGUAGCCAAUGUCUCUCUUUUGGCCUUAUACAAAGGCAAGAAGGAAAGACCAAGAUCAUAAGUUUCGAUGAUGAAAACAGGAUAGUAAUAAAUUUCCAUAUGUCAAAAA